UGUAGAGUGGGUAAAGCUGCCUCUUAUUUGUACAGAUCUUGAGCGACGCCUUCAGCGGUUGUGAAAGGUAGAGAAUGCUCCUCCCAAGCGCUGUGACAACGGUAGUAAUCAUACUGUUGUCAGUGGGUGUUAGGCUCUCUGAGGGACGCCUGGAACUAGUCAACAACGGGUAUGAGGACCUCGUAGUGGCCAUAUCUCCUUCAGUAAACGAAUCUGAUGCGAUGGAUAUUAUCGAGGCUAUAAAGCGAACCGUUAGUGAGGCUUCUGCCAUCCUGUUCAAGGCAACUCACCAAAGAGCUUUCUUCAAAGAUGUCAAGAUCCUCCUGCCGAUGACCUGGGCCAGCACGACCUACGAUCAGAUAGCUUUCAAUCAACAUUUUCAAAGCAGCGACAUUCGAGUGGACGUCAGUAAUGCAGUAUAUGGUGACCAGCCUUAUACCGACCAACCAGGCGGGUGUGGUGUUCCAGGCCGGUACAUUCACCUCACUCCCGAUUACUUACUCAAUAACGAAGAAGCUGCUUGGUGGGGUCCUCGUCCCAAGACCCUAGUGCACGAAUGGGCCAAGUUGAGGUGGGGAGUCUUCGCUGAGAUCGGUUACCCUAACGACCCCACCUCCCCGCCCUUCUUCUGGAAUUCGUCUGGAGUGAACGGCGCAGAGAACGUCAGUCCGACGUACUGCGCAAACCGGGAGUUGUCAGGAGAGCUGAGGGACGCCCUCACCAAUACCUCCUGCAGCUACGCCGACGGCCUCCCGGACGCCAACUGCCGCUUCUUCCCCAACACCACCCAGGAAGCCUCCUCCUCCCUCAUGGGAUAUUAUCACAUAGAUAAUAUCGUGGAAUUCUGCGACUCCGACAGCGCCAGCGACUUCUCCCACGAUGCCCUGGCGCCGAGCAGACACAACCUGAUGUGCGAAGGGCGGUCCGCCUGGGACGUCAUGGGCCUCCAUCCUGACUUCGACGGGGGGGCGAAUCCUCCCGCCACUUCCUCCUCUCCGACGAAGUUCACGGUUCUGCGUCAGGAAGUCGUCAAGAUCGCGCUCGUCCUCGACUACUCCUUCGGCAUGAGUAACGCGCAGAGGAUUCAGAAACUCCAGAGAGCCGUCAAGCGCUGGAUCCUCUACGAAGCGCCGGAUGGGAUCUACCUGGGCAUCAUUAAGUUCUGGGGGAGUGCGUUUCGAUCUGCUCAGCUGACGGAGAUCACAGGCCAGUCUCGCAGGAACCUCGCUAGUCACAUAGACACUUUGCUCAACUCUGGGACUAGUAUCGGUGCUGGUCUUCAGGUAGCUAUUUAUGAUGUUCUGAAGAAUCAAAACAACCCCGUUAUUCUUGUGGUUAGCGGAAGCCCUGAAAAUGAGUAUCCUUAUAUUGACGACAUGCUCAGCAAAGUUGUUCAAUCCGGAGUCAGAGUUGUCACAGUAGCACUAGGAAACGAAGCCGAGAUUAAGCUCCAGACCCUGGCAUCGGCUACAGGAGGAAAGGCGUUCGCGGUUUCGGACGAUGACGAAGGCGGGGCACUGGACGAGGCGCUGCUGGGGGCCUUGGCGUACCAGCCGGAGGGCAGUCUUAAGGACGUUCAAGUGAAGCUACACGGCUUUACUCGCCACGCCGAAAACGAAACAGUCACCGAAUCCUUCACAGUCGACGCUUCAGUGGGCCGCAAGCUGGAGUUCCGGCUCGACACAGACAGGGCAGUCGCCUUCUCAGAGCGUCCGCACCUGAUACGCCCCAGCGGCACUCGGAUCAACGCAAUAUCCGCUGACGGUGUUCUGUGGGCCGUCUCUCUGCCGGUGGCCGAGGUUGGAUCGUGGAUCUGGAGUCUGACUUUGCCCGCCUCUGGAAACUGUUACAUCCGUGUCAGUGUUACGGCCAAAGGAAGGGAACCAGAAAUAUUACCCAUCCUCUCUCGUGCUUGGUUGAGCGUAGGGCCGUAUGGUGUGGACAUCCCAAACAACCCUGUUAUUGUGUACGCGGAAAUUAAACAAGGAAACAACCCCGUCGUUGAUGCCAGAGUCAGAGCGACCGUCACGCAGCCAAGCGAAGACCUUGACGCAGUGGAGUUGGACCUUCUCGACAACGGCCAAGGCGCAGACACUCAGGCGGGAGAUGGAGUCUAUUCGCGAUACUACACUGUGUACCCUGGCGCUGGCAGGUACUCCGUCGAGGUCCAGGUGUGGGGCGAUGGUUACACCUUCGUCAACAAUGGCUCUGAAAAGUCGAAACAACAAUUUCUCAAAACGCCCACCUACUGCUGCGGGAGUGUCGUGCCCUCGGUCCCUGAACGUGGAGUCUCAACAGGAAAUUUUAGUCGAACCGUAGCUGUUGGUUCAUUCCAGGUUUUAGCAACCCUUCCUGCAGGUGACCUGUUCCCCCCCUCCCGCGUCACGGACCUGCAGGUCAGCGCCGCGCCGCUCUUCCUCGACCUCACUUGGACUGCUCCCGGAGACGACCUCGACGCCGGCGCAGUCGCCGGGUACGCGAUUCGCCUCAGCGAGAACCGCACUGACCUCGAGGACGACAGCUUCGACACCAGAGGGAACGAGACUCUCCUCUUGACGCUGGAGGAGUCGGCGAACAUGACGGAGUUGCUCCUCGAAGCCGGUCAGAAGAUAACACUCAACCUCACCCUCGAAGACGAGCUGGAGAGCAACAGGACUUACUUUGUUGGUAUUCGUGCAGUGGACGACGUCGGGUUGGUUAGCGCGGUGUCGAACCCAGUGGUCGUAGUCAGCCUCGAAUACCCGCCUCCCUCCACGCCUCCUUCGAGCCCACACCUGCAGGCGUGGGCCAUUGUCCUCAUGGCCUCCGCCUCGCUCGUUGCCGUGGGAAUGGUGGCUGGAUGCGUCGCCUAUGCCCGGAAGAGGAGACUCCGGACUGCAACCGACUCAAUUUAUCCGGUUGCAUUUCGAUAUGCAGAGAAGGAUGUUUGGUGUGGCCCUCCCUCUCCCUCUGCGGCCUAGGUCUAUAUAAGAACUUAUAUAGGCCGUGUCUACGGCAAGCCAUUCUUACUGGAAGAAUUCAAGGUCAAUAAAUAUAUCCGUUCCUUUUUUUAAUUCAGAAGCAUUUGUUUUUCAUUUUAUAUGAUUUCUUGGGAAAGCGAAAUAAGAUACGUAAAUGAUUGUUGUAAUUUUAUGAGCGAAAUGAACUCAUCUGGAAUGUCGCAGCCAAGUUACCACGCAACUUGAAAAUCUCUCUUGCGUAUGACAGUACUUCAAGCCACGAACAUCACUCUAAAUAGCUAACCUGUGAUGCAACCAACGCUGCACAGCUCUUUGAACAACGACUACUUCGAAACUAUGACCUAGACCUAGUAUUGCAUCCUCCUCCUCCUAGAAAAGUGUACUCGCUCCAUUCUAGAUAAAGCUUAUUAAGCUUAUUGUCUACACCAACUAAGACGAUAUCAUAUUUCUCGUGUAUAGUAAAACUCUAAACUCUGAUCCGGGUAGCUUGAUAGCAAAAUCCGUUCCAGUUUUAAGCUGGUAAAUCUAGGGAAAAAAUCGAAAUUACCUAAUGUCAGAAUGCGCCUAUCCUUUAAACGACUCUCCAUGCAAAAGACUUCAGGAAACACACUCAAACACACGUAUGUGUGCUAGUGUGUGAGUGAAUAAGUGUGAGUGUAUGAGUGUGUGUGAAUGUUGUGUGUGUGUGUGUGUGUGUGUGUGUGUGUGUGUGUGUGUGUGUGUGUGUGUGUGUGUGUGUGUGUGUGUGUGUGUGUGUGUGUGUGCGCGCGCGCGUGCUUAAUACCGAAUAUUACUUAGAUAUCUUAUAGAUCCCCAUCUAGUCAGUGUGCCUGCGUGCCUCGACAUGGAAUUCCUCGACUUACCACGCCGGUGGCUGUCAACGACAGCUAGAAAAAAGAAAAGGAAAACGACUCCAAGAACCACAACAACAAAAAAGUUAACCCAUCCUUAAAAAAUCCCCAGAAUUCUCCGAAUUCAAGAGACCCUGCACUGCCAGAAACUGACUACAUGUUGUGCUGAAAGGUUCUUUGGUGCUAUUCAUGUAUCAUUAUCGUUAUACGGUCCAGGAUAAUGCAGUCUUCAUAACCAUAGUUACGGAGUUAAUGACAAAAACGAAAAUCCAGAUAGCUGCAUUUAAAAACUUAUUUGACUGAAAUUACAUUUCAUCAUGAUUUUUUUUUUCGUUUUUUCUUAUAUUUAUCCUUUAUCUGUUAAUAUUUUUGUGUAUUUAUGCCCGUUCAGGUAUUUUCGCCAUUCACAAUUGGCUAUCUUAAUAAGAUACGUCGAAUUUGUAUUUUUGAAAUGCGUGAUGUACAGUAUAAUCGAAUUUGUAUUGAAUAUAGAUGUAUUUAUAUAAAUAUGUGUUAAUGUAUAUUUAGGUGUGCAUAGUAUGUGUGUAUAGUAUGUAAAUGACAUUAUCUACAUUAAAAAUCACCCAAA